AUGGAAGUGGAUGAGAAGUUCAAACAGAAAAUUGCGAAACCAUGGAAACAAUCUGUAGUGGUGAAAAUGCUGGGCAAGGAAAUUGGCUUUCUAAAAUGUCGUGAAAAGGCUGGAAAACAACGGAAGCCUAAAAAGGGAUGGAAAGUGAUUGAUCUUGAACGAAAUUAUUAUCUAGUACAGUUUGAUUCCAAAGAUAACUACAUGCAUGUUUCGUUGGAUAGACCGUGGAUUGUCCUAGGGCUUCCCGUCCACUUAUACCACAAGAAGGUUUUAAGAGCGCUUAGAAACAAAAUUGGUCGACUUGUUAAAAUCAACUACAAUACUACUCAAUGUGAUAUGGCACAUUUUGCCAAGAUUUCGGUAGAGGUGGAUCUGACUAAAUCCCUAAUCUUUUAUUUUGAGUUUAAAGGAAAGACUGAAAAAGUUGCAUACGAGGGACUACCAAAUAUUUUUUUUCAUUGUGGUAAAUUUGGGCAUACCAUUAAUCUUUAUGGGGAUAAUCCUGCUAAUGUGAAUAAACCUCCAAACGAAUCAAACAAAGCCGCUAAUUCUGGUGGAGGUGGUGGAGAAAUUGUGCCUACAGAGGAUAUAUUUAUGGUCCCUGGAUGA